AUGGCGUUCAAUCUCAUAACAUUCUUGAUAUACAUAUGCUUCUCUUCCUUCUUCUCCGAAGCCCUACCGGUAAAAAAUCGCGGCGACAUUAACUGGUGGUGUAGUACCACCCCUCACCCUGAGCCCUGUAAACAUUUCUUGGGCCGACCACCGAAACACAUAUCUGAAUUCAGAACGAUGAUGGUGCAAGUCGCCAUGGAACAAGCUGUUCAUGUUCAAUGCCAAGCAAAGCAGCUCAGAAAACACUGCCGGAGAAGCCGCCGGAAGAAGGCCGCGUGGAAGGACUGCAACACCCUCUUCGAUGAUACCAUCCUCCAACUUAACCGUACCCUACAAGGCCUUGAAGCCAAUAUGAUUUCAGAUUUCGAUGCUCAAACUUGGCUCAGCGCUGCUCUUACAAAUCUCGUAACUUGCCAUUCAGGUUCCGUUCAGCUAAAGGUCCCAAACUUCAUAUCACCCAUCGUAUCAUCAAGUAACGUUUCGGAACUUAUAAGCAACAGCUUGGCCGUUAAUGGGGUUCUGGUGAACGAACAAGACUACAAAGAUGGUUUUCCCAGUUGGGUAACGGCCGGUGAUCGGAAGCUGUUGAAAACAUCGUCGGUGGUGGUUCAGGCAACUGUUACGGUGGCGAAAGAUGGAUCAGGAAAGUUCAGUAGUAUUCAAGCAGCGGUAAAUUAUGCGGUAUCGAAGAGGACUGGAAAUGGGAGGAUAAUUAUUCAUGUGAAAAGGGGUGUUUACAGCGAGAAUAUUCAGAUAAGCAACAACAUGAAUAACAUCAUGUUGGUCGGUGAUGGGGUGAAAUAUACAAUAAUCACCGGCAGCCGGAGUGUGGCCGGAGGAUUCACAACUUACAGCUGUGCAACUAUUGGGGUUGAUGGCGUUGGAUUCAUAGCCCGUGGCAUUACAUUUCGCAACACUGCCGGGCCACAAAAUGCUCAAGCAGUGGCACUUCGAUCAGCAUCAGAUCUCUCUGUCUUCUAUGCUUGCAGUUUCGAAGGCUACCAAGACACACUCUUCCUCCUUGCUCAGCGACAAUUCUACAAAUCCUGUUACAUAUAUGGCACCAUCGACUUCAUUUUCGGCAAUGCAGCUGUCGUCUUCCAAAACUGCAUAAUCUACGUUAGAAAACCCUUAUGGGGCCAAGUGAAUGUCAUAACAGCUCAGGGUCGUUACGAUCCAUUUCAAAACACUGGAAUUUCGAUUCAUAACUCUCGAGUAAUGCCAGCACCGGACCUUAGACCGGUGGCUCAUUUGUUCAACACGUACUUGGGACGGCCAUGGAUGCAGUACUCGAGGGCAGUUUUUCUCAAGUCUUAUUUUGAUGAGUUUGUGAAUCCAGCAGGGUGGUUGCCAUGGAAUAAUUCGAAUUUCGCUUUGGAUACUUUGUAUUUUGGAGAAUACAUGAACUUUGGACCAGGUUCUUCGACCCGAAAUAGAGUGAAGUGGCGGGGCUACCAUGUUAUAACAAGCUCAACUGUGGCGUCAACGUUCACCGUCGCCAGCCUUAUAGCCGGUAGAGGGUGGUUGCCGGCCACCGGAGUUCCAUUCGUUGCGGGGCUAUGA